ACGGCUUCAAGUACAGUGGCCCUUCAAGUCCAACAACCAAAACCUUCUUACUGCCACUACUCAGGCACUGCAUGAACCCUGCGGGUUUAGCAUUUCCCUAUAAAUAAAAUAAAAACUAUGGACUCGUUGAACACUGAGAGAAUGUCAUCAUCGCAGCGGGAGGUGCUCAUGGACCAAGUUAAACAGCAAAUCAUCAUUGCCAACACACAAGAAUUACUCACGAAAAUGGGUGAAAAAUGCUUUUCCAAGUGCAUCUCAAAGCCUGGAUCAUCUCUAGAUAGUUCUGAACAAAAAUGCUUAGCAAUGUGCAUGGACAGAUAUAUGGACUCCUGGAACCUUGUCUCUAGGACGUAUACUAGUCGUCUCCAACGAGAAAAGAACUUCCACUAGUGAUCUACCAGUUUGAAUUUUUUGUUACUGUAUUUUAGUAGAAUCAUGUCAAUCAUUAUUCAAGUUAUAAGAAUGGUAAAUAAUAGGAUAAUUGUUAAUCAUCAUCAGAAUUUUGUGUAUAAAUAUUUGAUAGUGCAUUAUUUAAAAAUUCUGUUGGAUUCUUAAUAUAUUUUGCUACCUACAUUCUUGGCAUAAAAUUACAUUUGAUAUCUAUACUUUGCUAAGCUUCCAAAAUCCUAGUAAACAAUAUUGUACAGAAAAACUUGAGUAUAAGAGUGCAAUUUUAUCCAUAAUUAUGUACAGCAUAUCAGUAAUAAAGCAUAAACUGAAAGUACUUGAUGAAAUGCUGCAUAUAAAAUGGCUAAAUAUUUUCUACAGUGUAGAUUUUUCCUUGGUCAUGAACAGUUGUUAAAUUGAGGCAGUACAUGAAUUAUCUGAGGCAGACAGUGAAACAAUAUACAUGCUCUAUUAUUGGAAUGAUUUUCAGUGUGAUCUCUUAAUUUCAAAUUAUUGUAAACAUUAAUACAAACUUUCGGAAUAUUUGUUAGUGUGGUGCGCAUAUGCUGUAUGUCACCUUUUUGCAUAAUUUUAAAGACCAGAGUUUAGCAUUCAGUUUUUAAUGUAAUAACGAUACUACAGAAUUACAAGUAUAGCAAUGCAGUAACUUUUGAUAACUAUCUGCAGUACUGUAUAGAAUGCAGUGUACAUAUAUACUCUUUGCAUGUACUGUACAGUAAUAUAUGUAUACAAUAUGUCAGUAUAUUGCAGUACUGUAUACUGUUUAUCAAUGUAUAAUGAAUGGUCCUAUUUUAUGGAGCCUCUUUAAAAUAAAACAUUUUUUUAAAGGUGGAGGUAGCAUUAUAACAACAUUACUGUACUUUGUUAUCCAGCAGUAAUGUAUGGUAGGGUGUUCUUAUUAAUGUAAAUAAAGUAUAUGAACUAAUUUAAA